UUCCACCAUUUAACUAGAAAUGACGUAAUUUAUUUUCGUUGUUAAUAAUCAGGAUGCCUCUGUGCGUAAAUAAGGAAUCUGGAUCCUUUUAUCCAUUUGUAAUGACGGCAAAAAUUAAAAUGGCAACCAAAGAUGUAGUUGCAAAGGGAAAGGUACCCGUGGAAAUAGACAUUGAGAAUAAGAAACUUUCAAGAUUAGAAGUGGAGUUUCAAGAAGUAUUGCAAAUAUUAGAAAAUACUUGUGACAGUCAUGAUGAAUUCGAUAACACCAUUAGCUUGGCAAGAACAAAGAUUUCUAACCUAAAAACCACGUUUUCUAAGUUUGAGGACAGUACUGGCGAGUUUGAAGAUGAAGAUUGCUAUUUCGAAAGUAUAGAGCCUUUAAUCAAAACUCAUAGAACCAUUAUAAAAUCUUUACAAAUUUCGUUUCAAAAGUCUUGUAUAAAUGGCCAAAAACGAGUGACAAGCAUUGAAAAAGACAGAUUGCUUAGCGAUGUAAAUAGAGGAGAAGAAACCAACCUACGCAAAAGAAAGCUAGAUAAAACCGAAAUGGCAAAUAAAUCUGCUGAAAUAACAAGAAAUUUGAUAAAUAUUGCACAAAUGAUGGACACUCAACUCAAACAGGGUGAAGAAAGUAAUUUGGUACUUGAAGGUUCUUCACAAAAGAUUAAAGAGACACAGGAAGAAUUCAAGGGCUUGACUGGCUUUAUAAACGUUUCACGUAAACUCCUUAAUAAAUACAGCAGAAGAGAAUUAACAGAUACCUUGCUGCUGUUUUUUGGCCUAAUUUUAUUCUUUGCUACAGUGUUGUAUAUUAUAUCUAAGAGGAUUUGAGAAUAUUUUGCAAUAAUUUAUAAUAAUCCUUAAUGCAGGAAAUUAGCACGAUUAGGGACGCACGUAUGUAACACGAAGAAAAUUAUUAGGAGUUAAAAAAAAACAACAAGCAAAAUGUGCAUAAAAUGAAUGUGCAUUACUAAAGGUUUAAAAAGUGCAUUAAGUAAACACGAAGUUGUGAUUACGAAAGAAAAAAUUAUAUUUUUGGCGAAAUAAUAAACUUAUUUUAUUUUAUCGCAUAGGUCAUUAGGGGAAAUAAGAUUUGUUAAAGAUACCGUUUCAGAAAUAUGCAGA